CUCAAAAAAAACACCAUUAUAGUAUACUCUUCAAUUUUGGCGCCAUUUUUGCCCACCCUUAAGCUCUUUUAUUUAUAAUCUGCUAAUUGAUAUAGGGUUUGAUAGUAUCUCUCGCCUGUGAUAAUUUCCCGCGCGAGUCAGACUUUAUAGUCUUCAAUUUUAGCGGCAUUAAAAAAAUUAAAAUUAUAAGAAAGAACACCGCCCUUUGGCCGUCACUUCAGUGCAACCAGAUAUGUCUGUAAACAAUGAUAAUGAAGUGGGCAGUGACCAGAAAAGAACUAUGAAUGUGAUUCUUAUUCUAUUGCUAUCCAUGACCAUGAUGAUGACGAGGUACACUGUUACGGCUGUGGUAAUAGUGAUGAUGAUGGUAGUGACGAUGAAGACGGUUGGGGAACUGCUUCAGAUGAUUCUGAGACGGGAAGCGUUAACAAUUAUCAUAUUGAUUUUGAAGAAAAACAAUCUUACAGGGCUCUUGCAAUGGUAGCCAGUAUGGAAGAUGUUUUACCUCUGGAGGGUCUUUCUGUUCGAAUUUUACGCAAACUUAUUGGAAUUGAGCCUACGGAUGAUGGCGGUGAUUCGGGUGAACUAAGUAUUGCUGCUCUUCAAGCCGAGUGUUUAAACAUUUACGGUGAGGAGAGAGUAAGAGCUAAAAACGCGUUGAGAGAUUUGGAUGGUCAAAUUACCCUUUCAAUUGAUGUGUUGAGAUGUCCAGCAGCUGGUGUGUAUUUGUGUUUGACUGCCCACUUCAUUGCUGUUGACUGGAAUUUGAGAAACUGGGUCAUCUGUUUUAAGCCUGUCUUCAAGACAUUUGAUGAUGAUUAUUUGUAUGGAACUGUUAUGAAGUGUAUUACUGACUGGGACAUUGGCAAUAAAGUAUCGGGUAUUAUUGUGGACAGCUCUUGGUUUGACGAUGAAUGUGUUGGCGAAGUCAAAGAUUUGGUGCAGAAAAAGAGAGAGCUCCCACUUGGCCCUGAAAUGUUUCGAUUGCAUUGUUGUGCUGAUCUUUUUAAGUUAAUGGUGCAGGAUGCGUUCAAGGGGAUAUCUGAAAUAAUGCAUAGGGUUGAUGAAUAUAUGAAUUUCGGAAGACCAGCAUAUAUGUGGAACACUGUGUAUACUAAUCUGAAGGAGGCUUUAGAGUAUGAGGCUAAGGGAGAAUGGAAUAAAAACGAGUAUGAGAUUUUUGAAAAACUUAAUUCUGAUGAGUGGAAAAAGGUUGAAGAAAUUUGUAAGCUAUUGCAUAGCUUGCAUAAUGCGGCAAAAGCCAUCUUUGAAGCAAAACAACCUACUGCACAUAUCUGUCUCCGUGAUCUUCAAGAGGUUCAUGCUAGCUUAGUUAAGGCAUCAAUUGUUUCAGACGAUUUCAUUAGCCCUAUAGCUAGGAAAAUGCUCGAGAGGCUCGACAAGUAUUUGAAGAACAUGUUCUUGAUUUUAGCAAUUGCUACAGUUAUGGAUCCUCAAUGCAAAAUGAAGUACUUAGAAUUCUCUUUCGCAGGACAUGGCGCAAAUGAUGGAAUCUUUGAUUCGACAAAUGUCCCAACCACAAUUCAAAGUCUUUAUGAUGAUUAUUCGACUAAUUUGCUUCAAACAAGCAAACGUAAGGCUGAUUCCAUUUCUCGCGACCCUGAUAGUGGUUGUGAUGACAAUUCUGAUUUGCUACAGAAAUACGAGCAGUCUGCUAAAGAUGAUAAUAGGCCUCUCAAAUCAGAGCUAGAUUUAUACUUAGAAGAGGGUGUGUUACCUUGGAGCCAGAAUUUUGAUAUAUUGGGUUGGUGGAGAGGUGAACGCCCGAAAUAUCCUGUUCUGUCGAGGUUGGCACGCUACUUAUUGUGCACACCUGUUUCCGUGGUGACUUCACAAGACGCAUAUUUCACAGUCGAGAGAGAAAUCGGUGGACGUUUGGCUUCUUUAGAAUCUGAUGUGAUGAAUGCAGUGAUGUGCUCUCGGAGCUGGUGUCCUCCUGAUAUCAAGUUCAAGAUUUGUUCUCUCAUAGGAGAUGCAGCACUUUUUAACUUCUGAAUCAAAAAAAAUUGUAGAAAGAAUUAGACUUUUUAUAUGCACAGCACUGCCAUGGGGACUUGACAUUUCAACGAUUGUAAUGGCAAGUGGGCGUAUCUGCUGAAGCUGAAUAUGGCAUUUCAGGUUUAAUUUUGUUUUCAUAGUGAUAGUUUUUGCUAAUGUUAAUGCCGCCAAUUCAAAUUCUAUCUUCUUUUUGAGACUUAAAUCUAUGCUAUGUUUGUUGAAA